AUGGCAAACACUUAUGUCACUGCAUCUGAUGGGUACUGUUUUGCUGAACAAGUGCAGUACUAUGAUAUUUGGCCAGAGCAAAUCAAUUAUCAGUUUCACAAUCCUGAUUUCCAAGAAUCACCUUAUUGUCAGUAUUCUACAACUCAAUUUCCUCCAGCUUUUCAGCCUCAGUCUUUACAAAGUCAUUUCAACACUUGUAGCUUGGAUCCGCAGUGCAAUGGUGAGGGACAAUGUGCACUUGGUUUCUAUGAAUCAAACAAGCCCACUUACAUGACUGCUCAUGAUCCUGAAGACGGAUACCUUGGAAUAAAAAGGUCUAGAUCAACUUAUUCUUCCUUGCGAAUUAGGGGACCAGAAGAACUUUGUGUAGUUUGUGGAGAUAAAGCAUCAGGAUAUCAUUAUAACGCACUUACUUGUGAAGGUUGCAAAGGUUUCUUCCGACGUAGCAUCACCAAAAAUGCAGUAUACAGUUGCAAAAAUGGUGGUAACUGUGAAAUGGACAUGUACAUGCGUAGAAAAUGUCAAGAGUGCAGACUGAGGAAGUGUAAGGCAGUAGGAAUGCUGGCAGAAUGCUUGCUUACAGAAAUCCAAUGUAAAUCAAAGAGACUUCGAAAGAACUUCAAGCAGAAGAAAUGUUUUUACUCUAAAAAUAACAUCAAAGUGGAAGAGGAAGGGGAAGACAACAGACUUGUAUCGUCCACCACAAGAUCUGGAAAAGUAGUUCAGGAGAGCAUGGAACUAACUCAAGAGGAACGUCAGCUUAUUAAUACCAUUGUGGUUGCUCAUCAAAAAUACAUGGUUCCUUUAGAGGAAACAAAGAAAUGUCUGCAGCAACAUGCAAAUCCUGAAUUGAACUUUUGGCAACUCUCAGAGACAGCAAUGCUACACAUACAUGGAUUAAUAGAUUUUACCAAGGCUCUCCCAGGAUUUGAAAAUCUGGCGAGUGAAGAUCAGACUGCAUUACAGACAGGGUCAAAAACCGAAGUGAUGUUCCUUCACGCAGCUCAGCUGUACGGUCAGAAAGAAUCAGACUCUGCAAGCAUUACUGGAGAAUUUAUCACCUCAUUGUUUCACUUCUAUAGAAGAAUGAGUGAACUUAAUGUAUCUAGUACUGAAUAUGCUCUACUUACAGCAACAAUUGUGCUCUUUUCAGAUCGCCCAUGCAUUAAAAAUAAGCAACUUGUGGAAAGUUUGCAAGAACCAGUUUUACAAAUUUUGUACAAAUAUUCAAAAAUUUAUCACCCGGAAGACCUACAGCAUUUUGCUCGCCUCACUGGGAAGCUCACUGAGCUGAGAACACUGAAUCACAACCACUCAGAGAUACUUAGCAAUUGGAAAACAAAGAAUCCCAAAUUGACUGCUUCCUUGUCUGAGAAAUGGAAUUUGUAUUCAUAUUGUUGA